UCUGGUUCAAGAAUCCGUCUUCUUGAUCUCUCUCACAACCGGUUUGACGGCGAUCUUCCUGGUGUAGUCGGAUCUUUAACCAAUCUUCAAGUGCUGAAUCUCGCAGCAAAUAAUUUUUCUGGCUCUUUGCCUAGCUCCAUGAAUGGCAUGGUCUCUCUAAGCUCAUUAGACGUAUCCCAGAAUCAUUUCACUGGACCACUCCCAAGCAACUUAUCUAGCAGCCUUAUGGCCUUUAACGUCUCAUACAAUGAUCUAUCAGGGACUGUGCCAGAGAAUCUGAAGAACUUCCCUCCGCCUUCCUUUUAUCCUGGAAACAGCAAACUCUCCUUACCUGCUGGAUCCUCUGGUUCAAGUGCAUCAGAAGCUUCCACGAAGAAAUCCAACUUACUUGUUAAGGUUGUUAUAAUAGUUUCGUGCGCCGUUGCUAUAAUUAUUCUCAUCCUUGUGGCUAUCCUCCUUUUCUGUAUCUGCAAAUCAAGAAGACGCGAAGAGCGGAGUAUGACAGGCAAAGAAACUAAUAGGCGGGCUCAAACAAUCCCCUCAGGCAGUGGAGGUGGUAUGGUUGUCUCUGCUGAGGAUCUCGUUGCUUCAAGAAAAGGCUCAUCAUCUGAAAUCCUUAGUCCAGAUGAAAAACUAGCUGUUGCAACCGGCUUCUCUCCUUCCAAGACCAGCAAUUUAUCUUGGUCACCUGGCUCAGGAGAUUCAUUCCCAGCUGAUCAGCAAUUAGCACGGCUUGAUGUUAGGUCACCAGAUAGACUUGUGGGAGAGCUGCAGUUUCUGGAUGAUUCAAUCAAGUUGACUCCAGAGGAAUUAUCGAGGGCGCCAGCUGAAGUUCUGGGAAGAAGUAGCCAUGGAACUUCUUACAGGGCAACGCUGGAUAAUGGAGUGUUUUUAACCGUGAAAUGGCUAAGAGAAGGCGUGGCAAAGCAAAGAAAGGAGUUUGCUAAAGAAGUGAAGAAGUUUUCUAACAUUAGACAUCCUAAUGUUGUGACUCUCCGAGGGUACUACUGGGGUCCAACACAACACGAAAAGCUUAUUCUUUCAGACUUUAUAUCGCCUGGAAGCCUAGCCAGCUUCCUUUACGAUCGACCAGGCAGGAAAGGCCCUCCCUUAGCCUGGAUUCAACGGUUGAAAAUCACAGUUGAUGUGGCACGUGGUCUAAACUACCUCCAUUUCGACAGAGCUGUUCCACACGGUAACCUCAAGGCGACAAACAUUCUCUUAGAUGGAGCAGAGCUAAACGCACGUGUAGCAGAUUACUGCCUCCACCGUCUCAUGACACAAGCAGGCACAGUCGAACAGAUUUUAGACGCAGGAAUCCUCGGCUACCGAGCUCCUGAGCUAGCAGCUUCAAGAAAACCGUUACCUUCUUUCAAAUCAGAUGUGUAUGCAUUCGGUGUGAUACUUCUCGAGAUCCUAACAGGAAGAUGUGCAGGAGAUGUGAUCACAGGUGAACAAGAAGGUGUUGAUUUGACCGAUUGGGUGAGGUUACGUGUAGCAGAAGGGCGUGGUGCGGAAUGCUUUGAUUCGGUCUUGACUCAGGAAAUGGGAAGUGAUCCGGUUACAGAGAAAGGCAUGAAAGAAGUUCUUGGGAUUGCUUUAAGGUGUAUAAGAUCAGUUUCGGAGAGACCUGGUAUUAAGACCAUUUAUGAAGAUCUUUCUUCUAUUUAGGAACCCAACAAUGUGUUUGUUUUUCCUUCUGUCGCUUUUUUUAUGUUUUGUAGGUUCCAAAUGGAGUUUGGUCCCUCUGAUUGUGUUCUCCUUCGUCAAGUUCAUGCUUUUGUUUCUGGAAAAGCAUGUUCUUGAUUCAAGGUAGUAGUUAGUAGUGUGUUGUCUUCUAGUAGUCUUUUCUUAUAACAUUUUCCCUGUAUAAAAAGAAAACGUAAUCUGCUCAUGUCUCAUGAGUAGUGAAUGAAAUUUCAAUAUUUUCCUCUCUGUUCA